AUGAAAAUUCAUCUUUGGAACGGUUCCCGGGACGUGACAGAGAUUAUGUCGAGUAAAAGUGUGGAAUGGCUUCAAGAAGAACUGGAGUCCGGGCUCGGGGUGAGCUCGCUACUACUGUUGGACUGCCGAUCGCACGAGCUCUACGAAUCGUCGCACAUCGAGUCGGCCAUCAACCUGGCGAUACCCGGUUUGAUGCUGCGGAGACUUAAGAAGGGGAAUCUACCGAUCCGGUCCAUCAUCCCCAACAACGAGGAUAAGGAGAAAUUCGUGAAGCGGUGCAAGACGGACAUGGUUCUUCUCUACGACGAGGCCACUACGGACUGGCAGGAGACCGGGGUGGCGAGCUCUGUUCUCGGCUUGCUUCUGCAAAAACUCCGAGAUGAAGGUUGUAAGGCUUUCUACCUGGAAGGUGAGAAUGAACUUCUUCGAUUCUAUUAUUUUAUGUUCCUGGUACCUUUUUUUUUUUUUUUACGUCUAGAGACUAGGCUACUUGUCUAAUACAACAGCAAAAACAUUUGGACUAUAGCACAAUUUCUAUUUUAUUCCUACAUGUCCGAGUUCAGAGACUAGGUAGACCACUUGUCUAAUGAAACAGUUACAAAUGGACUAUAGCGCAAAGUUACAUUGUAGCUAAGUCAAGGCAGCGGUAUGGAUCCAUUCGUUUCCCUCUCACCACAAUGGUAUUAUCGACUAUGGAGUGCCUAUUUGAUUGUGUUCUGUAUCAUAUUAAAGUUGUAAAAUAAUUUUUGUCUAAAUGAAAAGUCAACGGAAGGCAGCCACGGUUCCUAUAUAAUAAUGUGUAAAAUAAAGAAAUAAAGGUCUAUAUUUUCCUCAAGUGAUUCAAAUUAAUAAAACCAAUAAUAUUUCUCUCGAUUUUUAUUCCCCUUCCGCUUCACGACUGCCUUUAUAAAAUAAGCAGUGUUGAAAAUAACUUAUUCUAUUGUCAAAUAGUCGCUUAUUUCCCACACCGUGACAGUAGUAAGAAUCACCAAGUUUCAACCCCGUUUUCGAUUGUUAAUCUAUUAGAGUAAAAUAUGUUAUAUUAAUUAUUUGAGUUUUAACUUUGAAAGAAUGUUGAACGAGGCAAAGAUGUUUUCAAUUAAUGCUCUAACAUGGCUCCGCCAUGUUGUCAAGUGCUUCUUCAGGAAAAGACGUGCAUUUCAUGAAUGAACAGAACAGGAACUAUUUCUUCACUGUGUGCUGUCUGACACUAGUCUAGGCUAUAUACAAACCUUUCCUUUAUACCACACAAUCAACACCAUUCUCGCCAUAGGCCCAUUCGUGUCUUAUUUUAUGUGUGUAGGAAAAUAAUAAUAGUUGAGUGAACUAUUCCUAAACAUGUUUCGGGCUCACCGUCAUUCAGGAACUACUUCUAUGCUGUGUGUUGCUGAGACUAGACUGUAGAGUGAGAUAAUACAACCUAUUUAUGACAGCAGAAUCAGACCCGUGCUAAAGACCUUCCACUAUUCAUUACUGUCUCAUGUAAUGUAUAAUUAUAAUUAUAAUUAUAUUAUUAAUGUGUACUUUCAUGAAUGAACAAUAAAACACUUGUAGCCUACUGUACAUUGAACUGCUGAGAGUAUACUAUAGAGGCUGUCCAUCCUGACCACAGAUCUAUUACCAUCCUGACCACAGAUCUAUUACCAUCCUGACUAUAGAUCUAUUACCAUCCUGACUAUAGAUCUAGUACCAUCCUGACUAUAGAUCUAGUACCAUCCUGACCACAGAUCUAUUACCAUCCUGACCACAGAUCUAUUACCAUCCUGACUAUAGAUCUAGUACCAUCCUGACCACAGAUCUAUUACCAUCCUGACUAUAGAUCUAUUACCAUCCUGACUAUAGAUCUAGUACCAUCCUGACCACAGAUCUAGUACCAUCCUGACCACAGAUCUAUUACCAUCCUGACUAUAGAUCUAUUACCAUCCUGACUAUAGAUCUAUUACCAUCCUGACUAUAGAUCUAUUACCAUCCUGACCACAGAUCUAUUACCAUCCUGACUAUAGAUCUAGUACCAUCCUGACCACAGAUCUAUUACCAUCCUGACUAUAGAUCUAUUACCAUCCUGACUAUAGAUCUAUUACCAUCCUGACUAUAGAUCUAUUACCAUCCUGACUAUAGAUCUAUUACCAUCCUGACUAUAGAUCUAGUACCAUCCUGACUAUAGAUCUAGUACCAUCCUGACUAUAGAUCUAUUACCAUCCUGACCACAGAUCUAGUACCAUCCUGACCACAGAUCUAUUACCAUCCUGACUAUAGAUCUAUUACCAUCCUGACUAUAGAUCUAUUACCAUCCUGACUAUAGAUCUAUUACCAUCCUGACUAUAGAUCUAUUACCAUCCUGACCACAGAUCUAUUACCAUCCUGACCACAGAUCUAGUACCAUCCUGACCACAGAUCUAGUACCAUCCUGACCACAGAUCUAUUACCAUCCUGACUAUAGAUCUAUUACCAUCCUGACUAUAGAUCUAUUACCAUCCUGACUAUAGAUCUAUUACCAUCCUGACCACAGAUCUAUUACCAUCCUGACCACAGAUCUAGUACCAUCCUGACCACAGAUCUAUUACCAUCCUGACUAUAGAUCUAUUACCAUCCUGACUAUAGAUCUAUUACCAUCCUGACUAUAGAUCUAGUACCAUCCUGACCACAGAUCUAUUACCAUCCUGACUAUAGAUCUAUUACCAUCCUGACUAUAGAUCUAUUACCAUCCUGACUAUAGAUCUAUUACCAUCCUGACUAUAGAUCUAUUACCAUCCUGACUAUAGAUCUAUUACCAUCCUGACCACAGAUCUAUUACCAUCCUGACCACAGAUCUAGUACCAUCCUGACCACAGAUCUAUUACCAUCCUGACUAUAGAUCUAUUACCAUCCUGACUAUAGAUCUAUUACCAUCCUGACUAUAGAUCUAGUACCAUCCUGACCACAGAUCUAUUACCAUCCUGACUAUAGAUCUAUUACCAUCCUGACUAUAGAUCUAUUACCAUCCUGACUAUAGAUCUAUUACCAUCCUGACUAUAGAUCUAUUUCCAUCCUGACUAUAGGCCCAUUCAUGUCUUAUCUCAUGUGUGUAGGGAAAUAAUAGUAGUUGAGGAAAAUAUUCCAAACAUGUUUCAGGUUCACUGUCUGAUAUUCAGGAACCACUUCUACACCGUGCUUCUGAGACUAGCUGCUAGUGUAACAGAUGUGCUCGUACUUCGUAACUCUCUUGCGUUGUGUUUUUAAAGAAAGGACUGUCCAGCCAGAGAUUUGUCGCUUGCAUGUCAAUAUCAGACUAAGUAUUUUGUAAUCAAACAUCAUAAUGACAAAGAUAGUACAAAAUACAACAAAUCUAUGUACCUGACGAUAGACACGAGGAAGGAAGCACAUUAGAUGUGCAGGACAACAGUAUGUUGAUGGCUGUAGAUUCAUGUUUUCGUCUGUUAGUAUAGAAAUAACUGAAUUAGCAGGGAGCUAAUGUGACCAUUACAAUUAGAGCAUGCUAGCUAACUCACUCUUACAGCAAUAGCAUACAAAAGCACGUCCCAGGAUUCUGCCAAUAUCUAACAGGUACUGUACACAUAUAUACACAUCAGGACAUGUACACAGUGAACUCGUACACGUUGUAAACAUGACAAUAGAACGUGACCUACCACUUGCAUAGAAAUAUCAGACUGAGAAGAACUGACGUUCACGAUCUCCCCCCUAUCUGCAAACAUAACCAAUGGCGUAACACCUUAUUGAUAUGUAAAUUCAACCAACCAAUAGGAAUACAUAAACAUCGAAUACAUAUUUCUGCAGUGGCAAGUGGAAACAUAACCAACCUUGUUACACUAGGCUAUAGAGAUAUGACCUACAACCUGUUCACAACAUUACAGAAUCAUUACAAUCCUGACCAUAGACCACUGUUGUCUUAUCUUGUCAUUAUGAAAAUGGUAAUAGUUGAGGGAAGUAUUCCAUAGGCCUACAUGUCUGAGGCUCACUGUCACCUGUCAUUCACAAAAAGUCCACACAUGACACUCUAUGGCCCUGUCACUUAGAUGUCCCCUUAGAUCAGAUCAGUGGUAGGAUACUGUACACAUAGCCGCAGGAAGUAGGGGUUCUGAGGGUUCUGAUGAGGGUUCUGAUGAGGGUUCUGAGGGUUCUGAUGAGGGUUCUGAGGGUUCUGAGGGUUCUGCCGCACCCCCUGAAAAAUAAGAAUAAAUUGUUUGUAUUUUUUAUUUGUAUAUAAAUAAAUAAAAUCACCAAAGGUAGUGCACUGGGCCUUUGCUAAUCCUAUAUUAGCAGACCUUGCAGCUGUCUGUAGCACGGGCAAAACAUUUUUUCUCCAGCAUUUUAUUGAAGGACUGGAAACAUGGGAUAUACAGUAAUCACAUUACCAAAAACAUCAGUGUAUGAAAUGGGUUUAUUAUUGUGUUAUAGGAUGUAAUGUGAUAAUAUAUCAGUAUACAUUUAUUUUACCAUCGUGUAGGAAGUAGGUCCAUAUCCUUUUCCUGUCUGACACAUAUACAUAGUAUCUGGUUGUUUGCGUUGGCACAAUGUACUUUUUUAUUUCACCACUUUGAAUAUGUACAUGCUGUGUACACACACACACACAACCUUUUUGUGUACAGUAUUUUCAUAAAUCUCAGUACUAAUUGAGUAGAUUAAAUGAAAAGUUUACACAACCUUUCAUCACACAGAGAUGACUUUCCAAUUCACAUUGGACAAUAAAGUUAUAUUCUAAUGCUCACAAUUUCAUUUCUCUGUAUUGUACUUUUUUUGAAUAGGUGAAAUGACAACAUGCCGCACAAUCAUUCUCAUAUUGUAAUUCUGACCCAUCUCUGUAUUGCUGUGUUUCCAGGGGUUCUAUUUGUUUCUACUGUUUUCUAUUCUACUCUAUUCUACUCUAUUGUAUUAUACUCUACUCUAUUCUACUCUAUUUUAUUGUAUUCUACUCUAUUCUACUCUAUUUUAUUGUAUUCUACUAUAUUCUACUCUAUUUUAUUGUAUUUUAUUAUAUUAUAUUCUACUCUAUUCUACUAUAUUGUAUUAUACUCUACUCUGCUCUAUUCUACUCUACUCUAUUCUAUUCUACUAUUUUCAAUUCUACUCUAUUCUAUUAUAUUCUUUUUUUACUCUACUAUAUUCUACUCUACUCUACUCUAUUUUACUAUAUUCUAUUCUACUACUCAAUUCUACUAUAUUAUAUUCUACCCCAUUCUAUUCUACUUUAUUCUACUCUACUCUGUUCUACUCUAUUGUAUUCUACACUAUUCUACUUUAUUCUACUCUAUUCUAUCCUACUAUAUUCAACUCUACUCUAUUCUGCUCUAUUCUACUAUUUUCUAUGCUACUCUAUUCUACUCUAUUCUACUCUAAUCUAUUCUACUAUAUUGUACUCUACUAUAUUCUAGUCUAGUCUAUUCUACUCUACUAUAUUCUACUCUAUUCUACUCUACUCUAUUCUACUCUAUUCUAUUCUAUUCUAUUCUUAUAUUGGGAUUCUGAUCCAUCUCUGUAUUGUUGUAAUUUCCAGGACAAUAGUUGUAUUAUAUUUUACCCUAAUAUAUUCUAUUAUAUUCUAAUUAGUCUCUGUUGUUGUUUCCAGGUGGCUUCAACAAGUUCCAGACGGAGUACCCUGAGCACUGUGAGACCAACCUGGACUGUUCCUGCCCCAGCAGCUCCCCGCCUGCCUCCGUCCUGGGUCUGGGUGGGCUGAGGAUCAGCUCGGACUGUUCUGAUGGGGAGUCAUCGGACAGGGAACCGGGCAGCGCCACCGACUCCGAGGGCAGCCCUCUCCCCAACAACCAGCCUGCCUUCCCGGUCCAGAUCUUACCCUACCUUUACCUGGGAUGUGCCAAAGACUCAGCCAACCUGGACGUCCUGGGGAAGUACAACAUCAAGUACAUCCUCAACGUCACACCCAACCUGCCCAACAUGUUUGAACAUGACGGAGACUUCAAGUACAAACAGAUCCCCAUCUCCGAUCACUGGAGCCAAAAUCUCUCACAGUUUUUCCCAGAGGCCAUUUCUUUCAUU